AAUGCGUUCCUGAGCAUGCCUACAAGGCUUGAAAAUAAACAAAGACCGAAAGCGGGCGAUUGAUCAUUAAGCUGCCAUAAACUUAACUUAAAAUACUUUUGAAACCAUUUUUAGGUACUACAAACCCCCAGCAUCUGAAGAAAGACGUCUCUACAGCCAUGGAAAACGCAUUGUUGAUGCGAGUGAGUGUUUUUUCCGAUCAGGGAGGCAGAAAAUACAUGGAGGAUGUUACCGAGGUAGUAAUGGAGCCCGAGCCGGGGGAAGACGAGCUGAACUCGGACGAACAAGAUGAGACCAAAGGGAAUAGCUCGACGGCCGACAUUGUGCCGGAAAAGCCUGAAAACGAGCAUCAAGAUCGGACUGCACACAACGAUCCUCUAUCUGCCUCUGCAUCCACUACAGUUACAUGGACACAAAAUGUACAAAAUGGGAACCAACGUUUUGCAGCUGCUGCACUGGCAGGAUCGAAAGUGGAGAGUACUCCGGCUGCGACCAAGAGCGAUAACCCCCCCCAGCGCUCAGUGGCUUUCUUCGCGGUGUUCGAUGGCCACGGAGGCCGCGAAGCUGCGCAAUUCGCAAGGGACUAUUUGUGGGAAUUCAUCAAGAAACAGCGGGGCUUUUGGUCCAAGGAUGACGAAGAAGUGUGUGCAGCUAUUCGGAAAGGUUUCGUUGCAUGCCACCAUGCCAUGUGGAAAAAGCUGCCCGAAUGGCCCAAGACUUUCACAGGGUUACCCAGCACCUCAGGCACCACGGCCAGUGUCGUGGUAGUCCGGGGGAACCGCAUGUACGUGGCCCACGUAGGAGACUCUGCCAUAGUGCUGGGGGUCCAGGAUGACCCCUCUGACCAGUUCAUCAGGGCCGUGGAGGUUACACAGGACCACAAGCCUGAGCUGCCCAAGGAGAGGGAACGCAUCGAAGGGCUGGGGGGCAGUGUGAUAAAGAAGUCGGGUGUGAACCGGGUGGUGUGGAAGAGACCCAGGCUGACUCAUAACGGGCCGGUCCGGAGGAGCACCGUCAUGGACCAGAUACCGUUCCUGGCCGUGGCCAGAGCUCUAGGAGACCUGUGGAGCUAUGACUUCUACAGCGGAGAGUUUGUCGUGUCCCCGGAGCCAGACACCUGUGUUCUGACCCUUGACCCCAAUAAACACCGUUACAUCAUCCUGGGCAGUGACGGGCUGUGGAACAUGGUGCCCCCCCAGGACGCUGUCUCCAUGUGCCAGGACAACGAUGAGGCCAUGGCGCCGUGCGGGGUGUCCAGCGCUCGCCAGCUGGUGAGCCACGCCCUCCUGCGGUGGCGCCAGAGGAUGCUGCGUGCGGACAACACAUCGGCCAUCGUGAUCACCCUGCAGGAGCCGGGUGUCCCUCAGGAACCCCUCCACCACGAGGAGGUGCUGCUGAACCUGGCCGAGGGACAACACUGUGGCCCUGCAUCGGACUCCCGCUCCAACACACCACUCGUCAAGGUUCCAGACAUGGACAUGUCGUCUGCUGUGUGUGAGCUCCUCCCGACCCUGGAGAGACGAAACGGCCUAUCAGGGAGCAGCCUGUACGCCUUGGCCCUAUCAGAUCCCUUCGGCCCGCCCCUCUCUGACUCGGAUGACGACUCCCGCACCAGGUUUCCCCUGAUGACCGCCAGCCCCGCCCCGGGGGAGAAACUUAGUGAGGUCAAUGCCAGGACGCCCGGCGCCAAACGGACGCUGGAUGAGACGUCGCCCAACCCCGUCCCGUCCGCCAAGAGGAGCCGGAGGAGGAAUGGCGAGAACCCACCGGCGGGGGUGGUGGGGGCGGGGGGGGGGAAAGACGGUGGCGGAAAGGACCAGAAACAGUCUCCGACUCCGCCCCCUGCCAACGUGUCCCCUGCACUACUCCAGCAGCAACACGGCAAGACCACUGUGUGUGUGUGCUGAGAGACACACACACACCUACUCUCUCUCACACACACACACACUCUGCAGACAGAUGGAUCCUCCUCACCAUACAUACAAACAGGGAUACAAGACCGACAGUAACAUUCUGCUUCUUCUCCGACCUUUUUACAAAUGACUGAGAGACCCGGGUCGCUCCUGACUGAGAGACCCGGGUCGCUCCUGACUGAGAGACCCGGGUCGCUCCUGACUGAGAGACCCGGUCGCUUUCAUUGAAGUCAUUACAAUGAGGUCAUCAUACCAUAUGUCCAUGUCAGCCAGUCAGUCAGUCCAGUGUGGGCAUUUUGUACACUUGUCUCUGAUAUCUUUUGUCUUACUCUGUUCCCCGGAUGGUGGAGAAUGAUUUUAAGUGGUGGUCUGUCGUUUUUAAAUAAAUUUUUAAACAC